GGAACUCUUCAAGUAAUUGGCCACAAAUUUUUCUGUCUCUUUCUCGUCCCGUCGAAGACCAAAGGUUCUAAAGUUUAUGAAACUUAUGAUCAUGCUGAAGCCUAUCUGUGUGAUCUUAUUCAUUGCAAACCUUCUUGGUUGCCAGUCCAAUCCCUCUCCAAAUCGACCGUUGUUUGAUACAGUCUUUGAACCAAUACUCGGCGAAGUUGGAACCAUCAAGUUUUUCGAAGAACAGGUGAAUACGGUUGGUGCACAGUUAAAUCAACAAAUCGAUUUUAUUCAUGAUACGGAUCACGGCGUUCGAAUUUGUAACCAAGAACAAGGACCCUACGAUCAUGGGGCAUGCUUUACGGCGGACAAGUGCAAUGCCCUAGGAGGUGUGCCUGUUGGGAGUUGCCAAGCACCAACAACCAAAACCACGUGUUGCAAGUUCCCCAGAACAUGUGGACAAUCAAGCACGGAAAGUGUUACCUAUGUAAAAUCUGAUCCCUCGAAAACUACAGAAAACUGCGACGUGACGAUCAAGACUCGUUUGGGGGCCUGUCAAUUGCGGGUGGAUUUCCUCGAGUUCGACUUGCCCAAACCUUUUCAAUCUGGCGUGUGCUCGCCCAACAACAGCCUGGAGAUUGUUCAAACUGGACUGAAGCCCUUUGUAUUUGGCAAAGGCAAUUCGUUCUUUUGCGGUGUAAACAGUGGCAAUCAUUUUUACUUGCCCAUCACCAAACGAAACGAGUUGAUCCAUUUCAAAUUGCGGAACUCUGCCGCCCAGAGACCUUACAACUAUAACAUUCGGAUCACUCAAGUGGAUUGUCGCUCUGGUUUGGCGGAAAUGCGGGCUCUCAGAGCUCCUGAUGGUUGCACCCAAUGGUUCACAAGCCACAGAGGAGGCUUAGCCUCUUAUAAUUACGACGGCACCGCUCCCAUCUCGCCCGCACAAACUUAUUCUGCUUGUUUCAAUUCCACCCCUUCAUGUGCCUUGGCUUUACAGGAGCAGGAUUUUCGAUUGGGAACAGAUGCGGCUUGCCACGGUCCUGGAAUCUGCGGUUGUGAGCGUGCCUACUUAACGAUGAAUUUGGCCGAAGAUUUGGAUGCCAAUUUGUUGGCCAAGGAUCGGUUUUGUGGCGUAGGAUUGGGAUUACAAGGAGGUCUUUUGGUCACGCGGUCAAGGCCAUAUGUCAUUCGAAUCCGAACUGGGAAUCAAUUGUCUCCCCAUAAUGAUGCUGGUUUUUUAUUCGUUUACAACUUGAUAGAUUUUUGCUGAAUAAUCUUUUUCUCGAUGAAUUUUUACAAUAAACGCCUAUCAGUGUA